AUGGUGACCAGGUUCUACAGUGUUCUUUCUCUUCCGCUCUCUCCCUCCUCUUCUCCCUCUCCAGACCCCUGCACGGUGACCAAGUGUCCGGUGUACAGCGAUUGCCACGUGGUGGGAAGGAGUGUGCAGUGUGUGUGCUGGGCAGGGUUCUACCAAAAGAAGAGAGCGUGCAUAGACCGCUGCAAGCUGUGUCCAGCCAACACUGUGUGCAUUCACCUCACCCGCCGGGCCUUCACGUGUGCUCGCCCUGUUGCACGCAGACGCACACCAGAGGAUGCAACAGCGUCAUGCGACGCGGUGCAGUGCGGUGCCAAUGCGGCAUGUGUGGUCCUGCAAGGCCAUGCGCAGUGCUCCUGCAUACACCCCUAUGUACAACACGGCGAUGCAUGUGUUGAUGUCCACUGA